AUGGAAGAUUCUAACAAUGCUGCUGAAGGUAUGUAAGUUACGAGUCCAACAAUAUUUAUCACAUAGAAUUGAAGUGCAGCUUAUAAAGUAAAUGAACCCAAAACAUUGUAACUCGACACAUCUUCAGACUAAGAAUGAGAUUUUAUUUUUAGUAUGAAGAUGUCUUCAUUUAAUUAGAUAAAACUUUACAUUUUUGAAUAAACGUCCUUUCACAUAUAUAGAGGAUAUUACAUGGCGGCCCGAAGAUAUGACUUUUAUCUUCGAGUGGUGAAAACAAUAUUUGACGAACGAGCGCAGCGAGUGUGUAAAAAUUGUUUUUAACACGAGAAGAUAAAAGUCAUAUCUUCAAGCCACCGUGUAAUGUUUGAAAUUUCACACUCAAAAGCAAAUUAUCACGUGAUCGAUAUCUUCACUAGUGAAGAUAUGAAAAAUAUCUCACUGUAUUUUUCAGUAUCUCACUCUCUACUAUAUAAUAAUAUGUGUUUAUGGCUGUAUAAAAAGUAGUAAUAUAUAUGGUCUUUUUAUAGCCCUGCUGGAAGAUACGACAAUUAACUGCUACCUGCACAACAUAUCAGAGGUGAAAAAUGCCACAGGAUCGCAGAAAAAGUAUUUUAACUGCAUCGUUCAGGGUAGCGACAAACCAGUCAGGGCAAUUUACUUUUCACCCGAAAAACUGCCCAAGCUUCAAGCAAUUGCAACAACAAAAAGUCCCAUCAAACUUAAGAAUUAUAAGUGAGCCAAUAGCGGAGAUGACGACUUAACAAUAACGAAGUUCACCAAAAUCACCCCUCUGGAUCAGAAGGAAAUCAGCUUUCCCUAUUUGGAAGAGCCUAUCAGCAGCUGCAAAUCCUGUUAAAAUAUCAUCAGUUCCAAACCUUGCUUCUGAACAACUCAUCUUCGUCAAAGCGAAAGUUCUUAAAAUUUCUGGUGUGAAAAUUCUGUCAACACGAUUUGGGAAACUGAAAAAGCAAGAUGUCAUUGUUGCAGACACAACUGCUCACAUCAAAUUAGUUCUCUGGUGUGACCACGUAAACUCUCUUCAACAAGACAAAACAUACCAACUAAAGAAUGUGAGAAUCAAGUCUACGAAGUACAAGUGCUACCUUAAUACUCCAAGGAAUGAGGAUUUUAAAGCAUUUUAA